AUGGACAUUUCAAGUGAGCUUACUUCUUACUUUAACGACACAAACUAUGAAAAAUGGUCUUGCAUGGAUUGCCUGGAAUAUUUGAAGGAAGUCUGUGCUCAUCUGACGUCGAACGAUCGUGACGAAAUUUUUCAAAACUACAAGGCUCAGCUGCCUUCGAUGAGCUCACGUUCAUCAAUGUGA